AUGCCAGUGCUGCCUUUGCGGCGGCUGCCGCUGGCACGGGCUCGGAAUCCAUUGGCCGCUUGCAUUGUGGUGGGUGCAGCAUGGGCGAGCACACAUGGCUGGCGCUUGUUAGGUUCAAAGGAUACGAGGUCAAGCAGAUCUUUGCUUCAUGUCUCCGUUGAGCCUCCUGAGCAAUCUUUGCUUGGCGACCUUUACACGGCAACAUCCUUGCCUCUCCUUGCUGUAACUUGCGUACUGGGUUGGCUGACUCGGCCUACUGCAGAUGCGGAGCAGGUUCCGAAGGGCUUUCAGCAAUUUCAGUUUCAAUAUUUGCUUGUUUGGUUUCUCGCCAUCACAGCAGACUGGUUACAGGGGCCAUAUGUUUAUGAGCUCUAUGCAUCAUAUGGAUGGAGCAAAGCGGACAUUGCCCGGCUUUUUGUGGCUGGAUUUGCCUCUUCGAUGCUCACUGGCACUUUCAUCGGUUCUGUAGCAGAUGCCUGGGGCCGGAAGUUUUGUGCAAUUCUAUAUUGUAUUCUUUAUGGGCUAGCUUGCUUAACCAAGCAUGUGAAUGUCUAUGGGGUGUUGAUGCUUGGCCGGCUACUUGGCGGCGCAGCAACCUCCUUGCUGUUUAGCACAUUUGAAUGCUGGAUGGUGGGAGAGCACAAGCGAUGUGGUUUCCCAGAUGGUUUGCUCCGCUACAUGUUUGGACUUAUGUUUUUUGUGCAGUAUCUCGCUGCCAUCGGUGCUGGAUGGUUAGCACAACUGGCCGCGUCUUCGAUGCCUUUGACACAAGUUGCUGACUCAGAUGCUCUUUGGUAUGGAGGCUCUACUUUACCGUUUGACCUGUCGUUGGCCUUUCUCCUCACAGCCAUGCCUGCCAUCUAUUUUAUGUGGCAGGAGAACUAUGGUGAAAGACGUGGCGAAGGGGUGGCCGGUCUUUCUCAAGUGGCACUGUCCUUCCAGGCUGGAUGCGAUGCUCUCGCAUCUGAUUGGCGUGUCCCCUUGCUUGGCCUGGCAGUUGCUGCCUUCGAGAGCUCUAUGUACGUUUUUGUCUUCAACUGGACUCCAGCAUUGGAUGGUUGUUCUGCUGGUACUCCACCACAUGGACUUAUCUUCAGCGCCUUCAUGAUGGCUUGCAUGUGCGGAUCCUCGCUCUUCAACCUGCUUGAUGCAUCAAUUGCACCCAUCAAGGCCCUUUGGCCUGUUUGCCUCCUCGCAGCCGGUGCACUGGCCACAGUGGCUUCUUCUUUGUUCACCACCUCUAGUGAAGCCUUGAUUUUCUUCAGCUUCCUUGCUUUUGAAGCGUGUGUGGGUGCCUACUUCCCCUGUGUGAGCACUGUGAAGAGUGAACUGGUCCCGGAAGAAGCGCGGGCUGGAGUCUACAAUGUGCAGCAGAUUUUGUCCCUUGCAGACGCAUUGGAAAAUGAGACCAAAGCAGCGCUUGCAGGUGCAGGCUUCGAUGAGAUGCCUGCGCACUUUCCACCAAGUUCUCAGGUGGUGCCCUCCCUGGCCUACCGAGGGACAUCGCCGGAGCGCAGCUAUGAAAGCAUGCGCCAAGCUUUACAGGAGAUGCAGAAGCGUUCCGACAACUUGUUGGCGCGUAUCCACAAAGAAAGCGAGGCAAAUCUCGAGUUGUCAAAAGCGAGAACAGGAGCCGAGGAGACAUCCAGAAAGUUGUCCGAACAGGUGACUCAGCAAACAGAAGAAUUGAACAAAUUGGUUGGACAAAGACUCAAAGCAGAGCAGCAGCUUGAGGAUGUACGGCAGAGAAGCCGGAUUGAAGCUGAGCUUCGAGAGGAGGACUUUCAACGAAAGUUGGCGGCAGCUCACAAAGAAGCGGACGAGAGGUGUCACGCGAUGCAAAAAGGGCUCGUCGACAAGCUUCACUUGACACAAAGGGCCAUGGAAAAGGUCAAGACCGACUUCCACCGCCUGCGUGCUGACCACGCAGACAGCCGAAAGGCAGUCUUGAUCCUCAACGAGGCUGUUGCGGUCGCUUCUUUGGCUGGUCUAGUGGCACAUAUUCAGACAUUUAUUAUACAACACAUUGUGGCAGUGUGA